AUGUGGUAUGAUGCGGCAAAAUCCCAAGGCCCUGUUACACUUCAUCUCCAUCUAAUGAAGACAUGCCCCCUACAUCCAAUGCACCAUCGGGGCAGGGCAAUGUGUGGUAAAUGGGUAGGCAUGUACACCAUUCCCAGGCCUGUGGAGAAGCGCAUGAUUGUUCCCAAUGCUGAUUUAAGGUGGAUGGUGAAACAGGCCAUGGCUGAUGUAUAUUGGCAGGUUGCAAAUGCAGUUUUGGGCAAGCUUGUACAUAUAUCCCACUCAGUCUCCUGCACACCUGAGAAGGACAUCCAGGAGGACAUCCAUCUGCGUCAACGAGAGGCACAAUGCAUGUCAAACACAAAGUGUCGACGGACAGAUAGCGAGAUUGAUGCAAAUGUUAUGAGCUAUUGUGCAGAUUUGAGCUCAGAGCAUAUAGAUAUUGCAGGAAUAGGGGUGAGGGUGAGCACGCAGUUGUUGGAGAUGAGUAAAGCAAGUGUGUUGGUGCUUGGAGUAGACAGGAGCUAUUCGGCAGCACCUGCUGAAUGCAACCUCUCAAGUGAAAUGUGCCAGGUUAAUAAGGGUGUUUGGAUGUACAAGUCCUCGAAGCUUGGCCAAAUAUCAAGUGGUCGUACAAUGCCUGUGUGCUGUGCUUCCCUGGAGCCCAUCGAGUUUGAGCAGCACCACUCCAGUGAAGCUGGGAUAUUCAGAAUAUUGAGACAUUUGCAGAUCAGAGCAACUCGUUUUCGGGGUAUGGAUAAGCUAGAGUUUCAUCUUAUGAGAGAUGACAUAGGCAAAAAUGUCUUGAGAAGGCAAACUUACUAUGUGGACAUCAGAUGGUGGAAGAGAACAUGGAGUGUGACCAUUCGACAGACGGCCAACUCAGUCAUUCUUGACAUAGCCUCCAUCAUCGUCAUUAUGAAGGCCACAUCAUACCACCACUCUUUCCUGAAUAACCACAACUGCUUGUUUUUCUUUGUCAUACUUGAUGACAUCGAAGACCGAUUGCCAAUCAGUACCCGUCUUCUCCCUAUGGAUCAUGAUGACCAGGACUUCAUGAUACAAGUAAUAGUAGAUCCUUGUCAGACCAAAGUUUGGCAUGACUCGAGUAUCUCCGAGUUGGAUUGGAUAGUAGUAGCCAGCUAUGAUAAGUCAAAGCUCUCUUCUCCUUCAAACUCACCUCCAAACUCUCCCCCAUCAAUUGGAAUAUCAGAGUCCGAGAGUAUUGUCUCAGAGGAGGACGACAACUUCCCUGUGACACCUGAUUCCAAGUGGUCUGGGGGUCAUACUAGCAGCACUCCUGAGUCAAAGAGACAUACCAAACUCUACCAUUCUUACCUCCGCCAGCAGCUGUUAUCAGGAGACAGAUACCAUGAUCGUGCUGAGCAGAUCUUGCACAGACAGUCAUGUCAGCAGUACUCAGAAGUGUUGUCGACAACUAUAAAGGAUAUGAGCCCGCACACCUUCCACUGCGCUAUUCACUACAAGGAGGCGGUUCAAGAAACUUUGCGCAUGAAAUACUUGUACAGAGGCUGGCUACUUGAGACAUCAAGGAGGCUGAGCAUCUUUAACGAGUCCUUACAUCAUGAAACAGAAAUGGAGCUUGGGAAGGUGGAUCAAGAAUUGCAGUGGCUAGUGUAUGUGCUUGUUGACCGGGGGGGAUCGCUGCGCACGACUGACAAUGACAUCCAGUAUACAACAUCUGAAUCAGUCUCCAGGCCAGCAUGA